GCUUUAAUCUAGGACUGUCUAUUUUUUACGUUGCAAUUUUCGUGAAAGGUCCAGCCAGAAAGGUCAUACUUGCGACUGGAAGUGAAGCAGUGAAGUGAAAAUACAUCCUAACGGGACAUAAUUAUUAAGUUUGGACAACAAAAAUUAUUAUGCCUCAUGAUUUAAAAGAAUUGGGUGUGAGGAAAGCAAUUAUGGCUCCCUUAUCCCCUACCCCAUGCGCGGAGAUCAGCGACGAUGAGCUGGUCUCCAUUUCAGUAAGAGAUCUAAACAGGCAGCUGAAGAUGAGAGGUCUCACAAGGGAUCAGAUUGUAAGGAUGAAACAGCGACGCCGGACACUAAAAAACCGUGGUUAUGCCGCGUCGUGCCGCAUCAAGAGAAUAGAACAGAAAGAUGAACUCGAAACUGAAAAGAGUCAGGAGUGGCACGACAUGGAACUGAUGCAGGAGGAGAACAACAGGAUCCGUGAAGAGAUCGAGGCGCUCCGCAGCAAGUAUGAUGCCCUGAAACGGUUCGCCAUCAUGAAGAGUAUCCCUUUGCCUCCCGAACUCGAUGUGAUGCCCUAAUUUAAAAUAUAGUAUGUACAGGAAAUAUUUGUUAUCGGUGCACAAACCUAAUAACAAAAGAGAUCAAGUCGGAAAAGCUCUAUAAACUAUAUUAUGAUGUACUUACUGUA